ACCAUUUGAACCUUUUGGCGGGAAGAGUGGGCUUACAUCAACUACAGUUCUCAUAGUUUCUUCUCAGCUGGGGACUGAGUGUAAUUUCAUGAGUCGGCUCCUUUUGCUUUUAAAUUUGUAUUUAACGGGUUAAAAAUAAUCUAGUCAGCUUACACUUACAAAGAUUGUUCCAACCACUCAGAUUCUUGACACGAUAACUUGUGAUCUACUUUUAUGGGUUAAUAAACCUAUCAUUAUUACCCAGGACUAAAGAUUUCAAGAUUAAUGCCGUAUAUCUGAUGCCUAGUGUGUCAAUUAGUUUGGUUUGAGUUUUCAUAUGCAUUUCUGCCACGUAGUGCUUUGUAAGAUUGGAUGUACAUCCUAUUGUGUGGUGAGAUACUUAGUAGUGUUUCGUGAUAUAUGUAGUCAUCUGUAAAAACUUGUUGACCCAGUAUUAUUUUGGCUUAUCCUCUUGUAUUCGACAAGUAAAUAGGGAGUGUAAUAACAUUGGUUACAUGAAUAUCCAAAUCAAUGUGUUUCAUAGAACCCGUAUUACAUUCAGAUUCUUGCUGUAUAUGCUUAUAUUGAUCUAGGUGGUCCUUUGAGAGCCACUUUGGUUCAGCAAGGUUGUAGAGAUUUAUCGGAGAAGGGAUUCCAUCAAUUUUAGUAGGAUGUCACGGUUUGUGCGAUUCUCUUAACUCAUCUGUUAUAACUGCACCCCUUUGUCUUGUCUAAUUAAUGGUCAACACAAACUUUUAUCAUGUUCUGGAUUUCAUCUUUGUGAGUUACUAUUAUCAGAAUUACUCUUUACAUCCCUUGUAGGUUUUCUCUCACUUCCAGUCUAUAUUCAGACCAGCAAUACGCUAUCUUCAAUCUGUUAGCAUAUUCAGAGCUUGCAAACAGCAUAUACUUUGUCGUAAUAUGGACUUCUAUAUCAAUGUACCUCCUCCCGUGCAUUUUCUUGAUGUUACUGAAGCGUUCAAAUCACUUAGCAAUGUGGAAAAGGAUUAUGUUUUCAGCUGCACACAAGCGUCUUGGAUUGGAGGUCUCAUAGGAUUAAUUCAAACAUCUCCUGAGUCUCCCGGAAUAUUUUUGUUUGUCAGUCGCUUUUUCCAUUUGGAGAACGUACAUUCCUUUGUUGAAAAAGCGGCAAAAAAUAAUUUUUCCGAUGAGGAAAUAACCCACAUUUUAUCUUAUUUCGCCUCAGUGCUGGGUAAUUUCGGGAAUUACCUGUCGUUUGGGGACACCAAGUUCAUCCCAGCUAUCAAUAUCGACAGGGUAACAGAAUUUUUAUCGUUGAGCAGUGAAUUUUCUAAUUCAGAAACUGGUCUUAAAGCUUUAUGGAAAGAAAUAGCUCCAGCCAUCUAUUCGUUAAGUCCUCGCCGUUUACGCCUUGGUUUUAGUCCCACUGAAAUAACGUCUUAUUACUCUGAAGACUGUAUUCGAAGUGAUGCUGAACUAGUUCAAAAAUAUCUGGAAAACGUUAAAAUUGAAGCGUAUAAUACCCGACUUUUUAAGAGUAGUAACUCCAACUCCAAAGUUUAUUCGAUUCGGUUUGCGUCGGCUGAGAAGAAAGUUCAACCUGUGCAUUUUGAUGCCCUUCCUUCGGGAACUUCUUUGCAGCUCGAGUACGGUGACUACUGCGAACUUAUGGAGUUACUGGUUGACUGCUCUUUAGAUGCCAAAGCACACUCUCUUAACAAAAUCGAAUCAGAAAUGUGGGAUCAUUAUGCUCAGAGCUUUUAUACUGGGUCCUUAGACUCUCACAAAGAUGCUUCUAGACUAUGGGUCAAGGACAAAUGCCCUGUGGUUGAAAAUUACAUUGGCUUUAUUGAAACUUAUCGUGAUCCUUUAGGUGUACGUGCAGAGUUCGAGUCAUUUGUCGCAGUUGUGAAUCGAUCAAUGUCAUCUAAAUUUCAGCGGCUAGUAGAUAAUGCUGUUGACUUGUUAUCUAAUUUGCCAUGGCCUUCUACUUACGAAAAAGACAGGUUCUUACAACCAGACUUUACAAGUUUGGACGUAGUAACGUUUGCAACCUCAGGAAUCCCUGUUGGAAUUAACAUUCCUAACUAUGAUGAUGUGCGCCAAGUUGAUGGGUUUAAAAAUGUAUCCUUGGGGAAUGUACUCAGUGCUCGCUUCAAGGACCCUAAAUCAGAAUUUCUCCGAGAGGAAGACAAGAAGUUGUAUGUGGAUUAUGCGGAGAGUUCUUUCGAACUUCAAGUUGGACUUCAUGAAUUGUUAGGCCAUGGUUCUGGGAAGCUCUUUCAACGUAGUGGCGAUGGAAUACUGAAUUUUGACACGAAUUCUACGAAAGAUAUCAUAAGUGGAGGUCCCAUACGUAGUUGGUAUGAACCAGGCGAAACAUACGACAGCAAAUUUUCAAGUUUGUCUUCGGCAAUUGAAGAAUGUCGAGCUGAAUGUGUUGGAAUUUAUCUAUGCAAUUUACCACUUGUCCUGGAACAGUUUAAUCUUAAUACUAAUUGCUCUACAGACAGUGUCCCAGAUGUUGUCUACGUUAAUUGGUUGUCCAUGGUUCGUUCAGGUGUAACUUCUAUGGAAUUCUAUUCACCUGCAGAAAACGCUGGCGAUAUUGGUUCAUGGCGUCAGGCACAUUGCUGUGCUCGUUAUGUGAUUUUGCGGGUUUUAAUUGAAGCUGACAAUUCGCUAGUACGUGUAGACGAAAUAGUUGGUGAUGAUGGUGCACCUGAUUUAACUAUUUUCUUAGAUCGCCAAAAGCUUUUGACAGUGGGUCGUCCGGCAAUUGGCGAAUUUUUACGAAAAAUUCAGGUGAGACCUUUUCAUAUCAUGUUUUUAUGGAUUCUUAUGAGUAGACAUGUAUUGUGCAUGUGCAUAUACUGGUACAUUACUACUGUGCCAUUCUGGAGACCUCAAGAGUUGAUACAAAUAAGAUUAAUGAAUUAUAUGUCGUGGCAUGACAUCAGUUUAUAAUACCACUGACUUUUGGUCCAAGGUUUCUAAGAAAGCUUCUUGAAUGCAAUUAUUGUUAUUCAUUGUCAAAUUUUAUUAUUUUAACACAUAGAUAUUGGUACAAGGAGGCACCAAAUACAUAUGCGCCACACAAAUGUCAUUCGAUAUGUGUGAAGGCUGUGAUACUGCCCGGGUGCCCAAACCGAAGCAGGUGGUUUUCUUAGGGGGCCACUGCCCGAGCCUUCGACCUGAAGGUCUGAUCCACAAGGCAGUGGAACAUCGUAAGGAGAUGCAGUCCCAUGGAAGCCGGUGACCAACAAUUGGUUCAUACGCCAUUUGUUCCCGCAGGAUACUGGAGCCCAUGUGCACCAUUGGUUCGGGAUCCGGUUGAAGCGCCAGACAUUCGGUUUUCGUCCUCUCAUUUUCGUAAACAACACCCCCUCCACGAGAAGGCAGUGAGUAGGACUUCCCUGGCAGAGGUUAUAUACGCGUGGCCAUGUGAGAGCAUUUCGAGAGGGAGAGCGAACUCUCCCCACUCUCGGCCGUACCAGGGCAUUUGGGGGCCUAGUAGUAUUGCACCUCACUAAUCCAUCAUCUAGGCACGUUUCUCACAACAAUACAAACCACUAACUGUGCAACCAUUUAGUGAACAAUUCACUCCAGUGCCAAUUAUGUACCUGGAUUUCAGAAUUAGACCACUCUAAUAUUGCAAGUGUUAUGACUUAAGAUAAGUCAAAGUGGCCCAAAUGCAAUCAUCUCUGGUUUCUAAAAUCCUAAAUUGUUUAUUACUUCAUAUAUUCCACUCAUCCUUCGAGCCUCUUCUUUCGUUCUCGACAAGUGUUAUCAUUAUUUUGUUUAUCAGUAUUUGAUUUUCUUGGUUUUCUGAUUAUGCUGAUAAAAUGUAUGGCAACGUGGAUGAGUGCAUUCAUGCUAGAUGCUACUCUAUGUAUGGUUGCUGUCAUAUGUUGACUUUGAAAGUCUGGAUAAAUAGCAAAUUCGAACAACGUGAUAUGACAACUUGGCACAAAUCGUUUAUGUGCCAGACUAUCUCGAUGAUGAAUGAGUAGCUAACGAACUAUUUCUUGGUAGUAUAAUUAUUUUCUAAAGUUUCACUCACUGAAUGCUUUCUCUCAAUUCUUUUGUUUCAGUAUUAUAAAAGUACAGCCAAUGCUAAAGAUGGUUGCGCCUUCUUCCAGCAUUAUUGUCAAUUGCUACCAGAACAUACUAAAUUGCGCCAAAUUGUGAUUAAUCGCAAAAAACCUCGACCUAUUUUCGUUCAACCUGGACUCCGUAAAACCCCUCACGGUGUUGAACUAAUAUCAUAUCCUACAACUUAUGCCGGUGUAAUACAAUCAUUCGUGGAUCGUUAUGGUGAUUUGCCUCUUGGGCAGAAAGCUCUUGAUGCGCUAGAAACAAUUUGGCGCCGUGAACUUCCGUAUUUCAAAAACAUACCACUUUAAGUGACUUGUCACAAAUUGUUAUUUUCAAUUAAUUUUGGUUAAUAUAUUGUAUGUUUAUUGUCUCCACGUGGA